AGUACAGUUUCGUGUAGUUCUCUCGGCAGUGACGUUGUCCCCGUCGCAAAACGACGAUUCUGUCCACCGUAGCUGUCGCGAAGAGCGACUUCGGCUUCAACCGUCAUGGCGUUUUUGUGUCCCAUCAGAUUUGGGAGAUCUCGUAAUAAAAAAGAAAGAUUGGAGAGCAUUGCGACGCCGAAAAUCGGAAGAGUCACCGGUUCGUCCAGCAUCGACACGCUCAUCAGGGUAGGACUCGAAAAAGAACGGGGUCUCAGUGCAAAUUCGAAGGUUGUCGUCAUCGAUGACUUCAUUCCACAAGUGGACGAUGAGUUGGGAGUCAAGAGGGGCGAAAUCGUCUACAUACUCUACAAGGAUAACGACUGGAUCUACGUCGUGAGCGAAGACGAGACGAGACAGGGCUUCAUCCCGCAAUCGUACAGUGAGGCUCUGGGAACAGCUUUGGCCGAUAUGGUAUUGAACGUUGCAAGGAAAAAACCGCGAGGUAGAGAUCCACACACGUUACAUAGAACAUCCGAAGACCAUCACCAAUCGUCCUUGGAAAGCAGCAUCGCUCACUCAGACGCGGAGUCCGUGGGAACGUUUUCGUGCCGGACCGAAGUACACCCGUUCUUCAAGGAUCCAGCCGGCCGUUACCUCGUUUUGUACACAUUCGUUGCCAGAGACGAGAACGAUCUCAGCGUCGAACGCGGCGAGCUUGUCACAGUUCUCAACAGAGAGGACUCUGAGUGGUUCUGGGUCUUGCGUUCCGACGGUCAAGAGGGUUUCGUACCGUCAGCUUUCGUGUAUCCAGCCGAUAUGAUCGAAUCGCACGCUCAAAGUCCCGAGGCGUCGGAAGCGCACAGCUCCACGACACGGCAAGAGGCAACGAUGAACAACAACGAGGUCGCGUUUGUGAACAAUCAUCAUCCAACGGGACCGUAUCGUGCCAAAGGCUCGGAGCUCGUUAUGCUUUACGACUACGAGAGCCACGUCAAGGACGAGCUCGAUGUGAAACGGGGAGAAUGGGUGUACGCUGAUCUCAAUCGUCAAAAAGGCGAUUGGUUGUGGGUUUACAGUCCCCGCCUGAACAAGUACGGCUUCGUGCCGAAAUCGUUCGCGAGUUCGCCGGCCAUGACGUCACUAUAG